GCAGACAGCAUAGAGGGCGCCACCAGGAAAACAUGGCGCUAUUCAGGCAUUGUCUGCUGGGGAAAAUCAACUCAAUCAGACCCAGUUAUGUGCCCUUUUACUCAACAUUUAUUCCUGAAAGCGCAUUUCUCACUAACCGUGAGGCCCUGGGUUGUCUUUGGAAUAAAUUUUGCGGAGUGACAAAUAGUGCUGUCCAUGAAGUGUCUCCGCUGAAGGGUACCCAUAGAAACGGUGGCAGAAGGAAUGAGAAGAAAAGCUAUUCCCACUUGAGAAUCAUGUUUGUGCCUGCUAUAUUAAAGGGAAUUUUUCCAAGUGAUGAAACAGAAGAACUGACUCCAGAAAAAAAUUUAGUAAAUCACAUCAAGAGGAGUAUAUUACUCAUGGAGAAUGGAGAACCACAGAAGGCUGAGCGUCUUUUACAUAUAGCAUUGAAAAUGGCCCAGGACAUGAAACAUGAAAAGGGCAUCACAUAUGUUUAUGAUACCAUGGCUAAUUUAGCUUUUGAAAAUGGUGAGCAUCAAAAAGCUCAAGCUCUUUUUGUGGAGGUGUUGAAAAGAUUGAUUGGCAGUGGUUUAGCUCAGGAUGACAUUAUUGUUAUAAAUAUCAGUCUCAAAAUAGCCGACACAUUUUUGACCAUGGGCGAUUACACGAAGAGUGAGCAAGGAUUUCUUUUCUGCUUGGACUCAUUAAAGAAGAAAAUUACUGAAGGUGCAUCCGAUGAAGACACACUUAUACUCUACACACAGACUUUGGAUCGGUACAGUUUAUUCCUGCUUCAUGUUAAGAGACCAAAUGAAGCUGUUAAGUUUCUAGAACUAGCACUGGAAAUGGCAGAAACCGUGUUUGGCAACCUGAACAAUAAAAUUGGAGCUAUUUUACUUUCUGACAUGGGAGUAAUAAAAACAUCACUUGGAGAGAAAGAAGAGGCAUCGCAAUGUUUUGAAAAAGCUCUUGCCAUUGCUAAUCAAGAAGAAGUUGAUACAAGUGCUGCAGUAAUUAUGGUGAACCGGGGCUUAGCUCUGAAAGAAAGUGGGCUCUCCGAGGAGGCUAGGCACUGGUGUACAAUGGGUCAGAAUCUUGCAAUCAAAGAAAAAAACAAAUCUAUUCUCAAAGCAGCAGAGGAAUGUCUAAAAGCAAAUAGUGGAAACAGAAAUGAGGGAAGAACCCCAUUGUGAGUACUUUCUACUAAAUUAAUGCUAUUUAUUUAUACAUAUUGUCACACUGUAAUAUAACACAAACACAAGUUGUUAAAAGAAAUACACAAACAUGUAAGAUUUUAA